ACUAAAAGUAACACAUCUAGACUAUGGCAACCCCAAGACAGACGGUAGGACCGAGGCCUGUGGGAUCAAGUACGCCGCAGCAGCAGCCGAUAGGAACACCCUCUACACCCGCUACACCCGCCACACCUAGAACACCACCCGGACAGCCGGCACCACAACCAGCACCAGCACCAGCACCAGCACCAGCUCCAACUCCAGCUCCAGCUCAAGUUCCUUCUCCUGCUCCUGCUCCUGCUCCUGCUCCUGCACCGGCACCGGUACCGGCACCGGCACCUACACCGACACCGCAACCAGCGCCUCAGCCAAGCCAGACUAAAAAUGUCCCCGAUCCUGAUCAACUUGAGAGGGAAAAAGAAGCCAACAGAAGACAAGCAGAAGCUAUACAUAAACUUCAACAAGAAUUAAAAGCUGGGAGGUUGGUAAUAUGCGUUGGAUCUGGAGUAACUCUACACGCGGUCCCUAGCACCGAGAGAAGACGUAUGGGAUGGGGUGGUCUAAUCGAGAAUGGAUUUCAAUAUGUCGAAGACCAAGCUAAGCAAAUCGCCGAUCGACAUAGACGCGACAUCGAGCGAGCGAGAGAAUUGCUGAGCCUCCCGGAUCGGACAAUGCAGGACCAAUUCGAAGCCAUAAACAGGCUGGAGGGGCUUUUUACUAAACGUCCCGAUCUUUUUGCGGGUUGGUUAAAACAUCAAUUCCACUCUUUAUACGACAUCACUGUCGACAGAAGUAUUCUUGACAGCCUGAGACAACUUCACCGGCAUGGUGCGAUGCUGUUGACUACUAAUUAUGAUGACCUACUUGAAAAGCAUUGCGGGAUCCCUCCUGUCGGGAGGUCGGAUGAAUAUGACCUAGUAUCAUUCCAACGAAAAUCUUUUGAUGGCGUUUUCCAUCCUCAUGGUCACUGGAGGGAUCCCGAAAACAUCGUUUUGUCUGCACGACAUUAUCAGGUCGGAGCAGGCGGAGGUUUAGAUGACCCUAAUUGGGGUCAGCUUUUGCGUUGGGUCGGGGAGAAAUACCAAAACAGAGGGCCCGUCCAUUAUGUGUUGUUUCCAAAAACAGUGGGAAACGAGAUACCUCACAUGCCGUUGAAUUAUCUUACGUGUGAGACUCGCGAUGAUAUUUCUCUCUGGCUGAAGGGCUUACUGGAGCCGAGUGAGCUACGCGAGGGUAUUAUACACGAUAAUCUAGAGAACGUCGAGCGGAUGAAUAUCCACCGUUGGCUUUCUCCUCUCGACCAAACCCAGUUUCUUAAUGACAACUCGGAUGUCCAGGACAAAAUAACCCCAUUUCACCAAUCGGUCACAAACCUCCCGAAUUUUUGGGAGACGGACAGGUCUUCGUUCGUAUGGUUGACAGGUAAUGGGGGAUUUGGCAAGACAAUCUUCUGUACCUCGGUCAUAGACAGUACAAGGCAGAACUGUCGUUUAGAGUCCCCUGGCCGGUCCCGAGACUCUCUCGCCUACUUCUUCUGCGCUACACAUGACGUGUUUGAGAAAGAGUCGACGCCUGUCUACCACGACUUCAGCGCAUUUUGUCGUACAGUUAUUGAUCAACUCUGCCCACCCCAGACCGUAUACCCAGCCCUUCGGGAAUUAUAUACUACGUGUACAGAAUUCCAUCCUGCAAGGCAUCCUACCAAUGUAGAACUUCGAGAUGUCCUCCUGAGAAUCAUAGGCGAUCUGGGUCGCGAGAAAUUCCCUGUGCCAAAUGAGCGGGUCGAACCGGGCGAGACGUACCUAGUGAUUGACGGGUUCGACAAACUUCCCAGAAACAGACAGAGCCCAUAUCUAGAGCUCAUCAGAGAAAUAAGGGCGCGCGACUUCCAGCAUUUUCACUUACUGAUAUCCAGUCGGGAUACGCCAAGGAUCAGAAAUCCCAUAAGGCGCUGGGGGGAGUGGAACGAGAUAACCUGUAAUCAUAACACCGUGGGGGGGAUUAUACGGGGUUAUGUUACCAGAAGCAUUUAUAACGACCCGCAAUUCUACGACUUAUCUCGAUCAGCUCGUGAACCACUAGCAUUGUGGUUGAUCGACGAACUAACCAACAGUGGGAACUCAUUCUGGUGGGUCUACUGGAAGUUACAAGAGUUAAAAGAUUUGGACUUCCUCGACAGACCGUCGAUACGGAGGAUCUUGAAUGAUGACGAUGAUGAUUCUGAAGAGCCAGAGGAGCGGCCAUCUCGAAGACGCAGAACGAGGUAGACUCGAGUAAUCUGCCACGAUAGAGCGAGCAUCUAUUUUAUGUUGUGGGGAGGAUAUAAGAGGGUAUUGGGUGAUAUAUACCUGGGUACGGAAGGAUAUCAUCGGGAUCAGUAAGUAGGUAGGAAAGGGGUAAUAUAUUUUGGAUAUUAAAAAAAUGAUGCGCGACACUGGCCCGAUUCGAACGGGCGCCUCCGAAGAGAUGUGAUUUCGAGUCACACGCGUUAGACCACUC